AUGGCGUCUCUUGCUGCUAAUCGCGCUCUCCGCUCGUCUACAGCUGGCUCGUCGCCAGCAAUACAUCUGGGCUCCUUCUCUCGCAUGGAUAUUGCUGAUUUCGACUCCAAGGGCCGCUACCCAACCACCCCUUCUCCUCAAGACGUCCGCUCUGUCCCCGUUAUCGCGCCAGCCUGGGCUCCCAUCGACCCAAACGCACCCCAGAACGCAUAUUCUCACCAGGAAAACACGAGUGGCGAUCGUUUCCAGCAAGGCGGGCCUUCCGGUCUCUCAAAUGGCGCUGGCCCGUACGACAACGCAUCGAUGCCUCGGUCUACGGGCGAAGAUGCUCAACGAAAGAAUUCUGGGGAUUCUGCGGGCUCAAAUGCAAUGCCAGUGGGACCAGGCCCGGGCACUCCAAGCCAACGACCCUAUGUUGAUGUCUCCUUGCAGGAUCCUGCACGCGCUUCUCUUCCUCCUGGACCACGACACCCACAAGCACCCUCGAGGGCGAGCACCAUUUCCCAGAAUGCACAGCUCACACCCCAGGCAGGUCGACCGACCGGCCAAUAUCCUUAUACGCCAGCGACGACAGUGACACCGACGCCAGGCAAUCAACAAACACAAACUCGGCAGCCGGAUGCAGAUCCAUAUAACACGUUUGGUGCCACUACCCUCCAAGUCCAGAACGCGCCUCGCGCCCAGAUGCCCCCACCGCCGGAGGAGGUAUGCAUCGAAUGUAUGAUGCGAGACAGGGACAUGGCCGAUGUCAUUGUGACUGGUCCAGGCAUAUGGGACCGUGAUAGCGACGUACACCUCCGCGACCUUCUCGAGCGCGAAGACCAAGAGGAAAUGGCAUGGCGAGAACGUCAUGCUGCUGAACUCGCUGUACCAGGUAACAAGCUGCGUCCACCCAGACGUGCUUCCAAGGGCCACCGUCUCACGGAGCAGAAUUUGAAAAUCUGGUUGACAUUGAACCCAAAAGAGGCACAUGCCCGUCUCAUGACAAUCGACGCCUAUGUCAAACAACAAGCGGCACUCCUCGUCGAAGAGGCAGAAGCCCGUGCCAAAGCCCAGCAAGAUGCUCAACGCUUCGACGCACGGGUGCGAGAUAAUUAUCCGCAAACUCGACACUCUACGUAUGAACCUAGCUCGACCGGCAUCGCCAGUGAAGACUCGGCCUCUGGAGCUCGCAUCCCGCCUCCCCGUUCGAGCAUGUACGAGGCUCUGCCAGCCGGCCAGAAGGACCACAAGCGGGAUACGAUCAUUCUCGACAGUGGGAUGAUCGUCGAACGUGUCAAUCUCAAACGUGAGGAAAAGGAGCGUCUGCGCGAGCAGAAGAAGGCUCGGAAGGCGUCGCAGGCAACUGACAUCUCGACAUUAUCGCCCGGCGGUUACGCAUCUCCAGCGACGCCGACGCCAAACGGCAUGGACUCGGACUUUGAGCCUGCCUAUGGCAAUAUGUCUGUGACUUCUCUCGGGGGCUUACGGCCAAAGUCUGCGCCCUUGGGUGUGCCCAUCCCGAAAUAUGCGUCUCAUGCUUCUAUGGACGGCAAGGGUCAUCGCUUCAUGGGCUCGAAGCACUGGCAGGCACCGUGGAAUAGCGGCGCUAGUGUGGCUCCGUCUGGCAGCAUGAUGGAUAUGCAUGUUGCAUUGGAUCAAGAAUACGAUCAGCAAAUAGAGCAGUUUGGCGCACCUCCCCGAUUGAGCAACCAGCACGCCAUGUCGUCGUUUAGUCUCCCCGCCUCACCUCGAAAUCAAUCGCGUCCACACACAGCCGAUGCAAUGAUGCAUUCCCGUCGCUCGACGAGUCCCGAUCCUCGCGCGAAAAAGCCGAGCGGGUUUGGCAAGCUUUGGAAGAUGGUUCGUUCCAAAAAGUCGGAGAGCAAGCAUCAUACUUCUUCGGUCAUUAACUAUGCCCGGGAAGACGACAUGUCGACGCCGCUGCCUCCCCCCAGGGUGCCAUAUGCGGCGAGUCAGCGAUCCGCUAUGUCUCCACAUACUCGCCAGGCGUCUGGACCUGGCUCACAACCCGGAUACCUUCCGUCUCCGUCUCAUCCUCGCUCCAUUUCUCAGUCGGGAGGUGCCAUCUCUCCGACAACUGCACCAUCUAGCUCUCUUCCUUCGCCUACGUCUAAUCGAUUCCCCUGGAGAGAAUCGACGGGUGAUGAGAGACGACAGAGUGUGUAUACAAAAGAGGUCAACGGUGACGCAGAGACACUUCAAGGCGGUAGUCAGAUGGAACCCCCCCAGUCUGUUCAAUACCCGGAGAUGAGCAUGCAGCGACCCCAACCGACGGGCGGAAGUGCAAGCUCGGAAUACGGUCGAUUGUUGCCUCCCAAUAGCAAUGGUGCACCUGCCCGCUCACCGGCUCCGAGCACGGCCAUCCUCUCGUCCUCGGCGCAUAGUCCUAGACCUCUGUCCUCUAUCCAUAAACCUCUUCCUCUACCACCCGCUUCUCCUGAUACGUCUGCGCGACACACAUCCAUGUCCUUCCAAGGCGGCGCAAACUAUGCUGGCGCUCGGCCCUCGACUGGUAGUGGCGCGGACAUGUAUGCUCCUUCCGUCCCAUUCCGCGAAGAUGGGUACGAUGCUAGACGUCAGUCUUUUAGCGAUGCGCUCCCCCCUGGUGCUGCCCAGACAUUACAACCAAAGCGCUCAAUACCGGCAAUCGCAUACAAUAGUGGAGCACAGUAUGCAGACUUUGGGGGUCAAGUCGAUAACUAUGGCCUGACACCAUACUCGAACGGUACCUUGAGCGACACGAGCACCAAGACGAAGCGAAGGAGUCGGUUCCUCCCCUUCUUGUCAAAGAAGGAGAAGGAAAAGGUGCCGUUUGCACCCCAACAGCUCAACGGUGGAUUUGAAGGGUACGAACCAGCUCCCUUGGCACCCCCAAGCCGCCCCGCAUUUGGCCACUCGCAGCGAUCCCAGUCGUCUGUCUCCCUCAACACGCCAGAGUAUGCGGCAGGGACUCAUCUAGGCCAGCCACAACAACAACUUGGCUACAACGAUAGGGCCCGGCCGAUGAGCGGCUACUCCACGUUUACGAAUGGCCAGCGACCAAACAAGGCGCUCAUUGACCAGGUCGUGCCGCGCGACAAUGACUUUUUGGCGUACAGAUAUCCAUCUGUCGAACAGCCAUCAGACGUUUCGCGCAGAUAG